UCCACUUGGCGACGGGCAUUUGCUAACCAAACUUGGGAACACACACACGGAAAAAAAAUCACUUUCGAUAGCAAAACGUUUCGAACCGAAAAAAAGGCAUCCAAAAUCAACACAAAAAAUUAUCCAAAAUUAUCCAGAAGAUUUGAGUAUAACAAAUCGAACCCGAACCAUGUCGUAUCAAAUCAAAUCGACGCCCUACUUCCGUCGCAUGUUCAACAAGAGCAGGAAGAACGGGCAGCUGCAGCGGUUGCGGGAUGAGUACGAGCGCAUCCAGGAGUUCAACGAUCGCACCAUCGAGCUGAAGAUGCGCCAGGUGCGGCUCAAGCGGCUCUUCCGCGAGAUCGAGGUGAUCAAGGUGGGCAAUGGUGCUGGUGCUGCUGACUCUGGUGCUGGUGCAGGUGCAGGUGCAUCCACCAGUGGCGCCAGCAGCGGCACAAUGCCACCUGCUGGUGGUGCUGGCCAGUCGAGCAGUUUUGCCGGCGGACGCAUUACCCGCCGGAGGCCACCGCAUACCACCAGCAGGCUGGCGAGCACAACGCCGCAGCAGCGACUCCACGUGCAGCGCGUGGAAACGCUGGCCCGCGCUCGUCUGCUGGGCCAGGAGAUCUCGCGGCGGAAUGGCCAAAUGGCGGAGGCCGGCACCGGCGGCUUUCUGCGCAGCGAACUCCGGAUGACGGCCAAGGUGCAGGCGGCAACUGAUGCGCGGCGCGCAGCCGUGGAGCGCCGGGAGCGUGCUGCCAAGCGCAUCUCCUAUGGCAACGACCAGUCGCGCCAGAAUAUGCAGCGUUUGCUGCUCCUGCGCCAGCGUAGACAUGGACAGGCGGCGGCGGCGACAGUGGCUACCGGUGCUCGGUCACGUCCGCAGGCCAACUCGCAGGUGCCCAUAACGCAGCAGCUGCCCAGGCAGAGCUGCAGGCCCAGUCACCUGUAUCCGGACUACCGCCAACUGACGCCCAGCCAGCUGCAGUUGCUCACCGCGAGCACUGGACGCAGUGCAGCAGCGGAUGCUGGCCAGCAGCUGGAGCAGCACGAGCGGCGCGAGCCGCCGGAGCAGCAGAUGGGCGACAGUGUGCAGGUGGGACGCGAACGGGAUUCGUACUCGGAGCACAGUUUCCACACGGAGGACUGGCUGUCGCCAUCAUUUAUGGACAGCGACGAGGAGCGUGACACUCGUGAGGUGAUGGACCUGUUGCGGCGGCGGUCGCGGGGGCGGGGGCGGGGGCCGGCGCUCGAGGUUUGGCGGGUGGCCGCGCAUCAGAGUGAGGAGGAGGUGGUGCGGCAGCCCAGCUUGCGGGUGCUGCACAAGGGUGCCGUCUCCCACAUCUCCUUCAGCUCGACGGGCACACAGACGACGAAUCCGACCAGGCGCACAAUCGGCUUUCGCACCACUGGCACCAGGCGCACCACAGCAACCACUGGCGCCACUCGCACCGCUGGCUCCACUCGCACCACUGGCUCCACUCGCACCACUGGCUCCACUCGCACCACUGGCUCCACUCGCACCACUGGCUCCACUCGCACCGCCGGCACCACUGGCUCCACUCGCACCACUGGCACAUUGGUCACAGCAGCCACAUCGCCAGUGAAUGUGGCGCACCAGUGCGUAGCCAGCAACGUGGAGAUUCCUCACACCAACGAGGAUGAUGCCGCUGGCUGCUCCCAGUCCGCCACCAUAGCGUCGCAUCAGCCCAGUGGCAUGGUGCCGCCGCCGCCGCCGCUGCUGCUGGAGGAUGAGCCGCAGCCGGAUGCGCUGUCCAACUCGAGCCGCUGGCAUCAGAUCUCACUGAUGCUGCCCUGGUUUCGCGCCUUCCCCGACCUGCCCACCGACUAUGCCGUCGCUCCGCCACCCGAUGUGCCCAUGAGCUGUGAUUCCAGCGGCGACGAUGUGCCGCCAACUGCGCCCACUGCGCCAACUGCGCCACAGCGCAUGUACGUCGAGCAUUCCAGCGAGGCGGCCACGCAGGCGGCGGAGGAGCCGUUCUCGUCGGCCAACUGCCAGCUGCUGCUGUCAUCCAUCAAGUUCAACGAGGCGGGCGAACGGUAGACGCACUGCAGCACGCUAGUUUCGGGCACGGAACUCGUUUUGUAAGCGUGCGUGGCGCCUAAUCCCGUCCAGCCACUGGCCACCAGCGGGCGCCGGCAGAGGGAAGGUAUAUCGAGGCAGCAGAAAUUCAAGCAAACUUUUCGUCUCUCUUUAUUUGGUAACAAAAAUUGUUGGUAUUAGAAAGGCAAACAAAAAAGGAACAAAAAACGAGAAGAA